AUGUCCUUGUUUGUUCCGGAGAGUGCGGCAUGGUUCACAACAAUAAUCCUCUCUGACAACAUGAUCCUUGAAACUGAGCGCCAAAUACCUUCAAUGGAGCAAAAUAUCUUCCGGAAUCCCCUCACCUUACAACCCAACCACCAAUCUCAAACCAUUGAAUCACAAGAACAGGAGAGAACGCGCAAAAUGGCCAAAUCGCAAUCGCAAACCAUGAGAGUUCAUACUCCAACCCUAUCCACCGCUUCCUCUCCAAAGACCUUCGCCGGUCUCGAAGAAGAAGAGAAAGACUUCGAACCCGCUCCAGCUUUGUCUCCUACCCCAACCCCAACUCGCAACACAAGACCAAGCCCUGAUCUCGAUCUGAUCCCCCAAAUCCAACCAGAAAAAUUCAUUCCCGACCAUGUCGAAGAAUGGGUUGAUUUGCUCUCCUAUCACGGUUUCCUGGACGGAACGUACACCGAUGAUGUCUUGAAGACCGACUUCACUCAUCGCUCAAUCGUCAUAUUCACCUCUUGGCUCGGCGAGGAGAAAUCUGAUGCCUCAUCUCUGAGUCGUGGCCAUGUUGUUGGUGCUGCUCUCUUUGAAGCUAGCUUCAAGAAGCGUAUCAGUAUCUAUCAGUUAGUGGCCCAUUUGGAGGUGAUUGCGGAUACUUUUAGGAAAUUGGUGGAGAAGGAGAAGGAUGUAAAGACGGAGGAGGUGCUUGAAGAAGGGAUGUUUCCUAUAAAGAAGAUUAUGCAGUGGUGCUUCAUGUUGUUGGACGGCAUGAUUGUGGAGAUCAAGGGAUUGAUGAAGAAUAUGUCUUGA